AUGGCGAUGGUACACCCGUCACGUAUGGCACUUGUGCCACAAGAUCCCAAAGUCUCAUUUACUGCGCCCAAGAAUAACCGCGGCCGAUCACCUUCCCCGCUGGACUAUCGACGUCGCUCGCCGUCCCGUGAGCGGGAUAGAUAUCGUGAAGGCGACUCAAAGAAGGACAGGGACCUGGGGAGAGACCGGCACAGGGACGACGAACGUGAUCGUCACAGUCGCAGCUCCAGGAGGGAUCGUGAACACCGCGAGAGUGACGAGCGGCGGGAGCGGGACAAGCCUCGUCGGGCAAGUCCCGAGUACAACGAAUACCGACGACCAUCUCCGCCGAGAGAGCGCGAUGGGCCGGUUCCUGCGCAGGCACCGUGGCGUCAUCAAGACAACAUGUACCCCCGAGGCAGAGACAAUGGUACGAACGGAGCAUAUGGAGGAGGUGCGGACUUCAUGGAGAGGUACGUCUCUCAGCCUGUGUCAUUGAUCCACUAUCGACGACUACAACGAGAAAGCAUGACCGUCAACGUAUGGCCUCCGUCACCAAAGGAGCCAGCUCGCGAGUUGUUCGUUUUCUCUUCGUGCUUGAUGCUAGCUGGUGGUUCUUACAUCAUAUACAGGUCACCCCACACAGAAUCGAAGCGCCACAAAAAGUCUCACAAGCGCCGCCACGAUUCGGAUGACUCGGACACUGAUUCAGAAGAGGAACGCCGUCGCCGGCGUAAGGAGCGGAAGAAGGCACGCAGAGAAAAGGAGAAGGAUCGAGACCGGCCGAGGGAUCGUGAGAGGCGUAGGCCCCGGUCCCGGUCACGGCGGUACAGCGAUGGGGAAGACUCGGAGGAAGAGCGGGAGAAACGGACACGGACGAGUCGCAGCAAGAGCAAGGGCCUCGACAGACAUCGCAGCCGGGAUAUACAUCGAAGCAAUGAUGAUGAGUGGGUUGAGAAGCCGACGACUCCACACAAACCAUCAACGUCCACUAUGCCACCCCCUUCUAGCAAGUUCGCGACGCAACUGCAGGCAGGUGACGAAGACGACUCCUCAGACGACGACGAAGUCGGGCCCAAGCCCGUCACCUCCACGAGCAAGUCUUCGCGGAAGGUUGACGAGCGUCAAUAUGGCGGUGCACUGCUGCGCGGAGAAGGUAGUGCCAUGGCGGCGUUCCUCAGGGACGGCACGGACGUACGUAUCCCGCGCCGUGGUGAAAUCGGUCUAGCUUCGGACGAAAUUGCAUCGUAUGAAUCCGUUGGGUACGUCAUGAGCGGCAGUCGGCACAGACGCAUGAACGCAGUGCGAAUGCGGAAGGAGAACCAGGUCAUCAGUGCGGAGGAGAAGCGAGGAAUCCUCAAGCUGCAGCAGGAGGAACGGGAGCGCCGGGAGGCCAUUUUACGCGAGGAGUUUCAGCAGCUUGUGACCGAGAAGCUCAAAUCGCAAGGCGCGAAGUAA